AUGGAACGUGCAACGGGAACAGAGGUGUUCGGGUGUGGCUCGACCCAUUCCACGGACAUAACGCUGAAUAUACAAACGACGACUGGUGGUAAUUUCUCCAUUAGCGUGAACUGUAAAAAUUCCGUGGAGUACCUGAAGAAAGUUGUUUCGAGAAAAUUGAAAGUGUCCAAGGAUAGAAUAUGCCUGCUACAUCGCGAAAGACAACUUAUGGACGGCACAUUGGAAGAAAAUGGCCUUUUGGAUGGAUCGCGAGUGAUUUUACUGCCGAGCGUCGAAAGUGGUCUGUUGAGUCAAAGAUCAGAGAACUCGGUGAUGCAAGCUUUAGAGACCCUCAAUGACAAUCAAGUUAAUGAUUUUCUUAGUGGAAGGUCACCGUUGAAUCUUACUAUGAGGCUCGGGGACCACAUGAUGUUGAUACAGCUGCAGCUUUCCACCCUUAAUUCUGGCUCAUCAAGCAGUAGUCGUUCAUUAAGAACAUCCACCCCGACAAAAAGUUCUUCUGCUUCCAAAAUUGACACCAAGGAGCCAGUUUCAACAGCUCAAUCAGUUCCAAAGACAAAUGAUGCACCUUCUGAAAAACACAAAGAGCUACAUUUAGAGAAACAGGACUUAGACUUAUUGCAGAAUGCUUUCGAUUUAUAUAGAUCUAUGGCUGAAGAGAAAUUUGCUGAGAAAGCUGACACAAGCAAAGAGGAUGCAAAUUCCUCAAAUUGUACAUUAUCAGAUAUGGCUGACACAUCGGGUGAGAGUGAACAGUCACCUAUAAAGUCAUUAUCAAAUUUGGUCUCUAGUCCGAUACAUACCUCAGAGAAUAGAGAAGCAAAGGCAAUUGCCAACUCAGUUAAGAGUAGUCUGCUUGACUUACUAUCAAAUAAAUCGGGUGACAUACCAUCCACAUGUGACAAGCCUUGCACUUCAAGUCACACGGACUCCAUGAGUGACGACAGUGAUAAUUUCACUGAACAGAGUUCAUUCCUCGCUGAGAACACAAUAGAUGAAUACCCAAUGGAAAAUCUAUUCAAUAGUGCUGUUGACAAGGGCCUUUUCACCGAGCAAGAUGAGACUAUGAUGGAUCGAGAGAUUUCAAACCUGGCAACGACCAGUCACGGACAAGAGUCCACUGGACCACUUCCAUCAUUCCAAAGCAUAAAUGAGCCAUUAAAAAAUAAGCGCUUCCAAUACUUACUUCAUAAGACAUCCAAAUUCAAGCAGCCAAUUAGCCAAAAUAAGCAAAAGGCGUUCUUGCAAGUCGCAAAUAAGAAAAGAAGUAUUCAAAUUGAUUCCCCACAACCGUCUACCUCAAAGGAGACAGUCACAAAGAUUGCUACAGGAAGCCAGACAGAUGUCUAUGCUAUACCCUCCACAUCCAAACAGACACCAACACCGAUCACAUCUACAGAUGAAAACCCGGUUAUAGACACUAAAGCCCUGAAGGAAGCCUCAAGAAGUCUCACACAGAAGCUUAGAAAAUUAUCUAAGGAGGUGUUGACAAAAAAAAUUGAUCUCAAAACGUUGGAGCAGUCUGUGCGAUCAAAAAUAAGUCCUGGUGCAGUCAUUGAGUCUAUGAAGCAUCACGGUCGGGGGAUAUACUCGGGAACAUUCUCUGGCACACUAAAUCCUGCUUUACAAGACAGAUACGGACGACCUAAACGCGACAUAUCUACAAUUAUACACAUCCUGAAUGACUUGCUUUGCGCCACUCCACCGUUGGGACAGCGGGAUUUGAAACACAACUGCACGAACACUAACCUUGAUGACGUUAACAAAUGUCCUAACUGCAGUCAAGCGGCCUGCUCCUACGGCCAGUGCGAUGGUCAUCCAUCCACAUCCCGGAAAUCAUGCACUUGCCCCAAGGACUGCCACUGCAACCGUUUAAACCCACCCCUAUGCGUGAACUGCGAGGGUAAGGGGACGAACGACCUAUGCCAAAAGUGCAGUACAGCCAAAACCCUAGCCAUGGAGAACUCCAAAACCAAAUGCAAGCUCGAACAGCUCAGGCUCGUGAUGCAGCAGAAGAAACAGAGGCGGGAAGCGCGCAAGCUCAAAACGCUGCCCUACCCGACGCCUCCUAAAACUAUAUCCACUCCGGAGCAAGAAGAAAUCGAAACGAUUGCUUAG